GAUAACAUGAGAUCAACCAACUCGUACGCUCGUCCAGAAUCACCGACUUGCAGUGAAACAUCAAGGAAUUCUUCCAUCGAUAACUCUUUGACACCUCACAGCUCGGAAAUGGAUUACCCAUCAAACAUUCAUCUUCGAGGUGUCAGUCCAAUCAACUAUAGCAAUGACCAAACCCAAUACAACCCGAUGACAGCUGUGUGGAAUCAAUUUGGAAACUACGGAGUCCCACUGUUCAACUACCAAAUGACACCUCCAUCAAGUCCCGGAUCAUCAUCUUCAUCAUUUUCUGAACCCGAGGAUUUAUCAGUUCGCAAUGACAUUCCACUUCCUGCACUUUUCCAUGUUUUCGAAGAAGCUCCAACUGCCACAUCUGUUAGUCCGAAAAACUACCGUUUCAAGUGUGAAGUGUGUUCGAAAAUGUACUCAACCUCGAUCGGCCUGGCCAAGCAUCAGCAAUAUCAUUGCAACCAGGAGAAGAAACCUCAUUCUUGUCAGGAGUGUGGAAAAAUUUACACAACCAUGGGAGCCCUCAAGAUGCACAUCCGUACUCACACUUUACCCUGCAAGUGUCCGAUUUGUGGAAAAGCCUUUUCCCGACCAUGGCUCUUGCAAGGACACAUUCGUACUCAUACUGGUGAAAAGCCAUUCCAAUGUUCAGAUUGCAACCGUUCUUUCGCCGAUCGUUCGAAUUUGCGUGCCCAUCAGCAGACUCAUGUGGAUGUGAAGAAAUACGCUUGCCAAGUUUGCAACAAGUCCUUCUCAAGGAUGUCACUUCUCAAUAAGCAUGCUAGCUCCAAUUGUACAAUUACAAUUGUUUGAGUUUAGAUGUAGAAUUGAUGGUGGAUCAAAGAGGAUAGUUUUUUAGAAGAAAAAUACAGCUAAAAUACCAAAAAUUAAAUAAGACUUGCGCAAGAUGAGUAACAAAAC